AUGGCGUACCGCCCUACCUCACCGGCAGAAGGGACUGCAAAGAUUCUGUCGUCUAAUAUUCACACGAUGACAGCAGACAAAAAUCUUCGCGUCCGGUCUCUCACCAUUGCCCUGGUGGGCCCCACGGCGGUGGCUCUCGCCGCGUACAACAAAUAUACCUGUACACUUCUUAUUUGGGUGUUCUUCUUUUUCGGCAUGCUGGAAUGGUCUGGAAUAAAACGGCAUAUCAAGGUGGCGUUGCUGAUGAACUGUAGCAGUAGCAGUAGCAGCAGCAGCAGUUGCAAUAACAACAACAAGAACAGAGACCACGAAGAAGGAUGCAAGUCGCUCCCUAAGGAUUACGCUACACCAGUUGCCCCACAUAAUAUGGUGGUGAUAAUCAAAACUGUUCUUUCAUCAUGUGUCGCAAUUGCAGCGUGCACCGGGUCGGAGGGAUUCUUGUUGUUUUUGACACUUUACUUACUUGUGUGGACGCUGCUUACGCUGUGUGGUCAACACAGUCUGGAUAUGAAGGUGUGCCAAGCGAAGCUGUCCAUGAACUCUAUAGGGCCCACGGAAGUUAUUGAUCAGGCGCCACUGCCUUCCACUGAGACGGUACGGCUGAAUCUAGUACAGUCGUUUUUAAGAGAAGAGUUUCGCAUGAUCGCUGAGAGGCAACCCACUGAGCUACUACUAAACUUCUGUCUGGAGUAUUUCGGUUUCGUGUGGAUUACUGGAGUAACGUACCCAUUGCUUAUUUACGACUCGUAUGAUGUGGGAAGAUCUUGGAUUUUGGCCUCACUUGUGGGGAAUUUUGCUGUCGACAUUAUGGCACUGCUGGUGGGACGAGCACUGAGGGGAAGGACGCGCCCACUUUGUCUCGCCAUCAGCCCCCAAAAGUCUAUGGAAGGCGCCGUUGCUGGCGUUAUUGCAAAUGCGGUGGUCUUUGCAUCAAUAAUAUAUUUCACGUGCAGGAGCAGUAAUGAAGUCACUUCGCAUUGGAACACUUUUCCUGUCAACCUUGUCGUCGGAUUGAUAUUAGGAUUGAUGGGAGUUGUGGGCGAUCUUCUGCAAUCCCUGUUAAAACGAACGGCGCGAGUGAAAGAUUCCGGGUUCAUGAUGCCAGGCCAUGGGGGCGUGCUGGAUCGAAUCGAUGGAUUGUUAAUUGUGUUUCCCACCAUGUUCUUCUGUUUUCGCGUUAUUCAGGCACUUCCUUGA